AUGUCGAUUGUUCCAGCAGAAAAAGUGCCGCUCUUGUCAUCAAUCAUCUCGUUGAUUUUCAGCACAGCUGCCGUACUGGGUCCCGUGGUUGGUGGCGUCCUCACUCAGUCAAGCAACGCAGCGCACCAGAGUGGUCUCGGUUGGAGGUGGAUUUUUCUAAUCAACAUCCCUAUCGGCAUCGUCGGCUUCAUCCUGCUUCUGGUUGCGUUCCGCGAGCCGCGUACAAUUGUCGACACUCAUGGACUGUCGCAUCUUGCCAGACUUUCUCAUGUCGACUGGGCAGGAAGCCUCUUGAUCAUUCUCUCCACCGUCAUGCUGCUCACGGGUAUUGAGCUGGGUAGUAGGAACCUGUAUGCAAGAUGGAGGUCUCCCGAAGUGGUAUCGCUUUUGGUGCUCGGACCUGUCUUGCUCGCCUUCUUACCCUGGAUCGAGUCCAAGGUCAAGCAUCCGGUGGUACCAAAUCAAUUCUAUGCCAAUCGAACGCUCAUGGCGCUCAAUCUGAUCGCGUUCUGCGCUCCCGGAUUCGUCUUCCUCAGCGUGGCCGUCUACCUGCCCCAAGCAUAUCAGCUCGUCAGGCAAGAGUCGCCCCUACACAGUGGUAUAAUGAUCCUGCCUCUGGCUAGUACCGGUGUCUUGUCCUUCGCUUUCACUCUGAUUUGCAAGCUCUCCGGACACACACGACCGCUUCUUGUUCUCGGAACAUCUUUGCUCACCUUGGGUACUGGGCUCUUGGGACUAAGGACAGCUAAUGUCGUCAAUGAAUUCGGAUUCCAGGUCAUUCUGGGAGCGGGAUGUGGGGCCAUUCAGCCUCUGUUGGCCAUUGUUGGUCAGAUCAGUGUUCAUAGCAAUGAUCUUGCAUCGGCGAUGGGCUUGAUCAACUUUCAACGCAUGAUGGGAGGCACCAUUGGUGUAGCUGUCACCUCGGCCCUGUUGCGAUCCUUCGUCGAUUUUUCCUCAAUCCAGAUGCAACUCGAGGCGCAGGUUCCCAACGGAGUGACAAGCCACGAUAGUUUCCAGGCAGUAGCAUCGCAACUGGAACAGGUGUUGAUCAGGCCGGCGCAGCAGCUAGCCAAGUUUUCGCCACCGGAGCAGGCCAUCAUCCUCCAAGGUUUUGAUAGGGCUUUCCGGCUGGUUUGGAUUACGCUUGCCGGCGUCUCCGGUGCUGCAAUUCUUUCAUGUGCCGAGCCUGCCGCAGAUCGACCCCAGGUGCAGAUCUCCGCGAACGUGCAAGCCUCACGUCUUACUGAGCUUCCCGGCUAUCAAUGGGAUCACGAGGCUUACUGGCUUGAGACUCGCUCGGUGCGUAGUCACCGCCUGCGCAAAUACCGUCACAACCUUCUCGGCUAUCCGUUCGAAACCUCGAUCGACACAAUUCCUCGCUGGAGGAAUUCCUUGCGCCUCAGCAAGCUUCCAUGGUUCAAGGACCAUCAAAUUCAGGGUCGCAUCAUCUUCCCUGCUCCUGGUUAUCUAGCUCUGGCCAUUGAGGGUGCCUUCAACCACUGGCUUCACGGACUCCGGAACGACUUCCAGAAGGACAACCAUCUUUACGACAUUGAAAUCAAGACCGUACUGGGGCUGAAGGAUGAUAAGACGAGAGAAGUCAUGUGGGAGACGCGCAUGAUUGACGGAGUCAAUGGUAGUCGCUUCGCCUUUUCAAUCGUAGUUUUGUCGAUGAGCCUCAACGGCUCAAAGCAACUCACCACGAGCAUUGCACAGGAGUGCUAG